CUUUAACCAUCCAGUACGCAGAGAGAAACAUAGAACCUUGUAAGUGAAAAAAAAAAUGGUGAACUACAUGCUGUUGAUCUGUGCCGACCUGGAGAAUCUCACGAACCUCGAGCCAGAAGGUGGCUGCGAUAAUCCCAAUUUCUCCUACUUCUUCAAGGUGAAGUGCGGGAGGUGCGGUGAGGUGAGCCAGAAAGAAACCUGUGUGACCUUGAAUGAAGUUGUUCCUCUUUCUCAGGGCAAGGGAACCACUAAUCUAGUUCAGAAAUGCAAGUUUUGUGGGAGGGAGGGCACUGUGACAAUGAUCUCAGGGCGAGGUAAACCACUGACCCAGGAAGAUAGUGAAUCAGGGAAGUACUGCCCCAUGAUGUUAUUCGACUGCAGGGGUUACGAGCCUGUGGAUUACAUCUUUGGUGGUGGAUGGAAGGUUGAAUCUAUUGCUGGGACCAAAUAUGAAGCCGUUGACUUGUCAGGUGGCGACUUUGCUGAGUAUGAUGAGAAGGGAGAGUGUCCAGUUAUGAUAUCGAACCUCCGGUCAAAGUUUGAUGUGGUGAAGUAGAAGAGUACUUUCCUGGGUGCACAUGUGCAUAUGUCUUGAUAUAUGCUGUUGUUUGUGAAUGAGAUAGAAACAUUUUACCCUAUGCUACAUCUGGGAGUGACUUGACGUCAUAUGUUUGAUUCUAUGUUCCUAAAUUAUUGCAGUAACAUCUGUCAACUAACUACUGAUCAGUAUACAUGGUUUUUAUUUAUUUUGAGGAAUGGUUGACUUUUGAUCUGA